GUCCUAUCAUUAACAUGUUACUUUUACUGAUUACUGCUCUUCUCAUCAACAGUGCUGAUGUAGCACCAGUUGAAGGAGUGGACAUCCCACAAGAAGCUGGUCUAGUGAUGGAGCAGGCUAAAGUACUGGCGGAGAGAGACACAGAGGAGGAGGAGGGGGACAGUUACACUGACAGUCUGUUAUUAAUGAACGAAAUUGAGAAGAGAGGUUGCUCCAGUGAAGGGAGGCUUUGUGCAAUGCAUAAGUUCUAUCAGCGGUGUGGCUACCAGAUGAUUCAAGAUCUCUGUCCCUGUACCUGCUCUGAAGACACUAACUCAGACUCUAAUUCAAACUCUAAUUCAAACUCAAACUCAAACUCAAACUCAAACUCUAAUUCAAACUCUAAUUCAAACUCUAAUUCAAACUCAAACUCUAAUUCAAACUCUAAUUCCAACUCUGGCUCAAACGAUAGGAGUCCUAAUGAUUCUUCAAGUGGAAGUAGAAUAAGUAGAGGGGAACAAGUUCUGUUAGAAGAACACAAUAAUAGGAGGAGACACCACGGAGUUCCAGAUCUGACGUACGAUACAGGACUUGCUGCUACAGCCGUAGCCUGGUGUAGAGUCCUCGCCAGGGACAACAAGUUCGAACACAGUGACCAGAACAACUACGUAGAAAGUGUGGGGGAGAACCUGUACUACUCGUUUGGAAUGAGCGUGGACCAGGUCCCAAGUGUAGCCGUGAAGAAGUGGUAUGAUGAGAUUGUAGACCACAACUACAACAACCCCAGAUUCGACUUUAAAACUGGUCACUUUACUCAGUUGAUCUGGAAGACUACCACUAAAGUGGGCUGUGGAGUAACGAGCCCCUCUGAAAACGCGGACAGAAAGAGUUAUGUGUGUUGCCACUACACUCCCCCUGGAAACUGGAAGGGGCAGUUCGGGACUCAUGUUCCUAGACCCCUGAGUGGAGUGAAAUACCCUUAAACUCUUAAAUACUCCGAUGAAACAAUUCAGUGCUCGGUUCUUGUAACCUAUUUUUACAUGUUGGGUUGCUUUUAUGAUUUUGUAUAUCACUCUGGGGUGCUUUUAAAUAAUAUGGCGUCUUUUUGGAUGAAGAUAUUAGUAUUUAUUGGUUAUUUAUAUUUAUAGUAUUUAAACUAGACUCAGUGAAAUACAUAGUUUUAUCAUUCAUUG